GGCCAGAUUCAGUCACAUUUGAUAGCGUGCUUCCAGCCUGUGCACGAUUGAAGGACCCGAGACACGGGAGAGAGAUCCAUGGCUAUGUUCUCAGGAACCCCUUCUUGUGUGAGGAUACAUCUGUUGGCUGUUGCCAAUGCAUUGAUGGACUUUUAUGCAAAAUGCGAUGACGUGAAAGCAGCACAUCGAAUAUUUUACGUGACCGAUAGGAGAGACUUGAUCUCAUGGAACUCUAUCCUUGAUGCAUUUGCUGGAAGGAGCGAAGCUCAGUUUGUGCACAACCAUCAUAGAGAUAUUCGAGAUUUUCUGUAACUGGUCGAUCUUUAUUACAGAAUGCACUUGACAAUAACCCUAACAACGAAAAUGAAACACAAUCAAGAGAACUGUAAUUCAACUCCACUGGGAGUAGUUAAUCAUACUAGGAAUCCAGCAAAAAAGUCUUUCCAAACUUUGGUCUGGAAAUCGCACAUGAAGCCACCAGUUGCAGGCUUCAAGCUGAAGCAGUCUUCUUUUGCUGGAAAAUGACAGCAUAUACGGGAACUCCCACGCCGAUGGAGAAGGCAGUCAGGACAGCAAGAGGCAUUUUAAUUUUCUGAUACUUCAUCCUAUCCAAGUUGUACAUGUGCUUGGCGUGAAGAUAGAAUGGUUCAUCGUGGCCAUGACCUCCCAUCCUCUUCACACCUGUCGAGUGGAAACUCCUGUUCACUGCCACAAGAAAUCACAAAUGUUUUGCUUUCAGUUGGGGUAAGAUAAAUAAUUUGCUGAAGAAACACAGCUCCAGGUCACAAAAGCAAUCUGAUAUAAUAACCACGAGGCGAUACAACACUUAGUACCCUGGUAAAGAUAAGAUUCUCAAAUAAUCCAAAAAGAAAAGCGGAACAGGUGAUAUGAGGUAACGUGUUUUGCAAGCAAUGGGUAUCUGGCGACGGAGGAACCUAGAUGCAGGAGUUGGUUAAAGUUAGAAAAUUUACAAAGUCAUGAGAGAACUUGAAGCAAAUGAACUUCACAAUUAACAGUCAAAUGAAUGUGACUCUAGCUGCUAGAGCCAGAAAAUGCUAGAUGCUGAUUUCCAUGACUACCCAAAAGCUAAUCGACAAUACAUAGAUUUGUGAUUUCAUAGCCUAAGGAAGAGGAAACCUGUUCACCAAGAAAAGGAAACCGCUCAAUAAACUACUAGCAACAAAGUAAAACAGAGAUUAGUAAAUAAAGAUAUUCAAUUUAGACCAUCACCCUGAACAAACAGAAGAACAAACACUGAAAAAACAGAAAAGUCAGCCCCAUUUUCUAAGCACUUCUAGGGUGACAUUUCACGUAUCAUUUAUCAAAGACACACUCAAAUUAACCAACGAUUACUUCUUACAGCAUUCGACUGCAACAUACCAUCAUUUCCAAAUUGAUGUUUACAAUUCCUGUAUCUAUCAUCUCAGUUACACUACAAUCAACUCCAAAUCCUCCUCCACGUAUAAAAAAUUCAGCUCUUCCAUAAGAGGCAAAAAAAUCGAGUUCCACUCAUUCUUCACACAUACCAUAAAAUUAAAAGCUUACAAACCCUAAUCAACAACGGGACUGGGGAAUCGACAGACAAAAUGAAAUUUUCUCACCGCCGAUCAGAUCCGGAAAUCAAACCCAAAUUCGAAACUUCAACUCUCCAUCCCAAACGAGACAACGCAAGACAAGACUACCGAAUUCGAUUCAACUCAGUUGGCCCCGCAAUUUCUACGCAAACAAACGUUCCGCAAUAAGAGAAAGGGAAAGGGUUAGCUUGGAGAGCCAAACCUGAUUUAGACAGGAGAUAUUCUGAGGCCGCGUAGAGCCUCGAGGCGGAUCUGAGACCUGCGUUCAUUGCCAUGGCUUCGAUCGGAGAGACGAAGGACGAGAGCAAGCACGCGGGAUUGAGAGUUCAACAAUCGGCUGGAACUGGAAAGGGAUACUUGUGAUUUUCAAAUUGUUUUUUCCUUUUGCUUUUAUAGUUUUAUCAUUGGUUUUAGUUUGUACUGGGUGUUCUAUUGCAUUAAGGUUUGGGCUUGGUGUUGGGCUUUUUAUGUCUCCGCCCAGCAGAUGAUUGGGCCGAGAUACCUUUCCCGAUUACUGUUUAUAUUCGGGGCCAAUACUACAAUGCUGUUGGUUAAAGUAGGGCAGGCUAUUUGGUCCGGUUUUACCGGAAAUCGGACCGUAUAAUUUAGACCGGGACCGGAUUGGGACCGGAUAGCAAACAAUGCAAUCUCAUAUUCGGGUUUAGAUUUGAGGUAAAAACCCGGAUAAAGACCGGAUAAGAGACUCCCAACACCUAAAAUCAAGAUAAAAUUGGGAC